AGGCCGAAAUCCGCAGCUCUCUCUCGAAGAGAGAAGGGAAAAGAAAUUCGUCAUGCGUUUUGCGCCCUCUUGGAAAAUGUCGCGGUCGACGAAAGGAGAUUCGAACAUUUGUGUCAUUUAUAGGUUUAGCAGAAACCUAUACAUGUAGAUGAAGAAAUUGGAUCAACAGAUUUGCUUAGUACAUUCGUACAUUUGUGACAACUCCCAAAUCUCUAUACAGACCAGAGUGUGUUAUCAGAGAGUAGACUAAUUUUAAUAUUUCUGUUGAGUGUUUCUGAUAACUCAGGCUUCAUAUAACCUCGAGGAGAGACCGAGGCAUAUAUAACCUACCAACUGAUUGCAACUGCACUUCUGAGUUGUGUUAUCAUAUCUUCGAUAUCUGUUAUUGGAAUAUUUGAUUGUCACACCUGUGCUUGUUAAAUGUAAAUAAAGGAUUUUUGCCUCUACAGCAUUCGGAAUACGAUACCUGAAAAGAUGGGCUGGAUGUUAGAGGUAGCGAAGAUGUUUCUCUAUAUAUCGUUUCCUGUUGGAAUAUUUCACUAUGUCAAUCAGCCAGCUUAUUUUGAGGAGUAUGUAAUAAAAGCAAAACAGGAAUACUAUCCACCUGAGAGUAAACAGGCAUAUGAGGAGGUGGAAAAUUUUAUUCGUGAUUUUAAUUCUACCAUGGAAAAGAAACGUUUGGAUGAAAUGGAGAGUAAAACCAGAAAGUGAAGAAAAUAUACUGUAAUAUUUCUAAGAGAGUGAUCUGUAAUAUAUCAGUAGUGAAAUUUAUUAUUUUUUUGUAAAGAUGAAGAUAUCGAACAUAUCUUUAAUUUAGUUAGUAAUUAAUAGAAAUAAAAAUAUUGAUGAUGGCUUUUAA